AUGGAAGGUCUCAACAAGAUGUUAGCAAAGGCAAAGCAAAUGCAAUGGAUUGAAGGAUUCAGCGUGGGCAACAACGAAGAUAAUUCUAUCUCUGUGACUCACUUGCUCUACGCGGAUGAUACUCUUACUUUUUGUGGGACAGAGAAGUCUCAGGUGCGAUAUCUCAACCUAACACUACUCUUAUUUGAAGCAAUCUCCAGGCUACAUAUUAAUAUGCAGAAGAGUAAGAUCUACCAAGUAAAUGAGGUCCCUAAUUUGGAAGAAGGCAUCAUGGGUUGUAGCAUUGACACAUUUCCAACAAAAUACCUAGGUCUCCCUUUGGGAGCAAAGUUCAAAGAUGCAGGAGUUUGGAAUGAAGUUAUCGAGAAAAUGGAGAGAAGGUUGGCAACUUGGAAGAUGCAAUAUCUCUCAAUGGGAGGCAGUUGA